AUGUCUAAAAUGCCGGCUAAAAAGAAGAGCUGUUUUCAGAUCACAAGUGUGACACAGGCUCAGGUGGCGGCCAGCAGUGCCACGGACGACACAGAGAGCCUGGACGACCCAGACGAAUCACGGACUGAAGACGUGUCGUCGGAAAUAUUCGACGUGUCCCGGGCCGAUUAUGAGCCAGAGGUAUGUGAUCGAAGUUCAUCUGAGGAAACACUAAACCAUGUAGGGGAGCAAGAGGCACCUGGCCUUAUGGCACCGCCACAUAGCAACGUUAUACCUCAAGUUGGGCAGCUACCUUCAAUGUCGGGUCCCCCAAAUGGGGGUUUUGCUAUUCGAAAGGUGGGAGUGGCAGGCUCUCCUCAUGCUAGCCAGCAAACUCUGGGAACUGGUUCCUCAAGCGGCCUCCCUAGUAUCGCUCAGUCCAGGCUCAUGCAACAGCCUGCCCCAGCAACCAGUGGGGGGGCUACCAACGUGUCAGUGAGCACAUCCCAGCCAGUAGUGACUAGUUCAACCCCUACUUCUACUACGACGUCGACAACAAGUUGCAGUUCACGCUUCAGGGUCAUCAAACUUGAUCAUGGUACUGGAGAGCCCUUCAGAAGGGGCCGAUGGACUUGCACAGAGUUCUAUGAGAAAGACUCGGAGGGUAACACAGUGGUUAACAGGACUAUGGAUAACAUUAGGCAUGCCAAUGCGUUGGACCCCAGCGCCGACAGGGACAGUGGGCUGGGGUUGACAGUAACUCUCUCAGGCCAGGGCCUAGACUCUAUAGCGGACGCAGCUGCACUUAAUGCCUUGCACAUUCCCCCAGGGGACACACUGCAACAGCAGCAGCAGCUCCACUACCAAAACUACAACAUGGGUCAGCCUGGAACAGCCACAUCCAACGCUUUCCCCACCAACAAACCCAUAGCUGUCCCAGUUCAGCAGCCUGCGCUGGGCACUAUCCAACCCGCUGCCCCCCAGAACCUCCUUGUGGGGUUCAACGGUCUGCCUCAAACUGGCAUCCACAUACAGAAAUCUCAUAGCGUGCCCCCGGCAGCCCAGACCAAGCCGCUGACCUACCCUCUCCAGCAGCAGCAACCCAUGCUACAGCAGCUUCCACUGGGACACCACCUGUCCAACCAGCCCCCAGGCCUGCCCCAGAACCAGGCGGAAUACUACCAACACCAACAGCACCAGCCUGUCAUGGAGGCAGUGGCCUCGGCUGGCCAGACCCUUUCCGUGGCCAGCCUCUCCGUGGGACAACCUAUGGGUCAGGGCCCGUCUCCGGUCAUGACUCCCGCCGCCGGGGCGCCGAUGCUGGGCCAGGUAGGGGAGUUGGCAGCGGUGGGGGGAGGAGUCCCUUUACCCCUCAGUCAGCCAGCUCCAGGCCUGAUGGGUGCAGGUAUGGGAGGUGUCGGGGCCUCCAUGCUGCUGGGCAGAGGCUCUACUCUGCAGCAGCCUGUGGGUCAGUACGCCCUCACAGGGAUGCCUCAGCCCCUCGGCCUCCACUCCAUGCCCGCAAGUGUCCAAAACGUGCCUACCGCCGUCGUAGCCAUGACAACCAGCAUCGCCGGCAUGCCCACCACUGUGCCCAGUGCCUCCAAUGUCGGCGCAGCAGUCCCUGCCACCAUGCCAAACCUGACUGCCUUCUUGUUGCCCGGGCAACAGGCCCCCAUGGCCCACAACGACGGGGGGGCGCAGGGCCUCCUGGCUGCUGGUUUUGGCCAGGUGGAGGAGGGCGGUAGGAAGGUGGAGGGCCUCGCGGCGGCCCAGCCUCUCGCCAUCUCUGAGAAAAACCUGAUGAAGACCCCAGAGGGCCUGCAGCUGGCCGUCAACCCCUCUGUGAACAGCCUGUUUGGAAUACCCAUACAAAUGGACUGGGACGAGGACAGGUAA